UCUCCCACCUCUUGCAGUGAGCCAGGCCCAGAGCCCGGCCAGCGCCCCGCGGCGCAGCAAGAGGAGGCAGAGCGUUGCCAUUGCCUAUGAGUCUGGGCAGGGGGAUGGUGCUGAGCAGGGCAUGUCUGAGCCCCAGAGGCCACGCUGGGAGCCACGGAACUGGCAGCAGCAGCUGGAGAACAUCCGGGAGAUGAGGAGGAGCAGAGAUGCUCCUGUGGACCAGAUGGGAGUGCAGAAGUGCUUCGACAGCAGCGCAGCCCCGAAGGUGAUGCGCUACCAGGCCCUGCUGGCACUGAUGCUCUCCAGCCAGACCAAGGACCAGGUGACCUCGGCUGCCAUGCUGCGCCUGCGGCGCCACGGCCUCACCGUCGACAGCAUCCUGCAGCUGGACGACGCAGCCCUCGGGGAGAUGAUUUACCCUGUCGGGUUCUGGAGGAGCAAAGUGAAGUACAUCAAGCAGACGACAGCCAUCCUGAAGCAGAAGUAUGGGGGUGACAUCCCAAGGACUGUGGAGGAGCUGGUGCAGCUGCCAGGAGUUGGGCCCAAAAUGGCUCACUUGGCCAUGAGCAUUGCCUGGGACAGUGUGUCUGGGAUAGCUGUGGACACCCAUGUGCACAGGAUCACCAACAGGCUGAGGUGGGUGAGGAAGGAGACCAAACACCCUGAGGAGACUCGGCUGGCACUGCAGGACUGGCUGCCCAGAGACCUCUGGAGGGAGAUCAACUGCCUCUUGGUGGGCUUUGGCCAGCAGACCUGCCUGCCCGUGAGCCCCCGCUGCUCCCAGUGCCUCAAUCAAGACAUCUGCCCAGCUGCCAAGAGACACUGAGGGAGCAGCUGCUCUUCAGGGAGUAAGGAAGCUGCCUCUGCUCAGCAGCAGCCCAAGGCUGAGCCCUGCUGAAGCCACGUUUCACAUGGGGCUGGCUGUGUGACUGCAGGGCACAGGAACUGCUGCAGCCUCACCAGGAAGGGAGCAGCUGCUGGCAGGGGCUGAGAUCUUGAGAGCAGAAAGGAGGCUUUCAAAGUGCAGAGAGAAAGGCUCCAGCCCCCUUCCCUGAAUGCCUCAGCACGUCCAGCAGAGCAGCCACCACUUUGGGAGGAGCUGCAGAGAAAUGCUUUGUCCUAGGAGACCUCCUGCUGCUUGUAAAUACACAGCCAAUAAAGCUGCUUUUUG